AUGGGAGCCAAGAAAAAAAUGCGGGGGACCCAUGGAGCACCAGAAGUAACCAUAGAGUACCCAUGGACCCCAGAAGAAGGCAUUGGAUACUCUGGACUAGUGAUGGAGAAGGUUGAUUACUGGGAAGUGAAUCUGGAUCCUCUGGAAAAAGUUCUCAUAGCCACUGAGCCAUAUCUUCAGCUCCUAAAUCGAGAUUUUAAAAAAAUACAAGGUAGUAACCCUGCCAUUGUGGAACUCACUGGGAACCAUGGCUUUCACAAGAUUCCUCUGGAGACCAGAACACCAAAGAAAAACUUUCAGUUUGUAUUGGCCUUCAUGUUUUCCUUGGAUGAAGUCAUCAGGGACCCUGAUCUUUUACCAAAUAUGUCUUUCCAAUUUGAAACUAUGCCAAGUUCGUGUAAGAUUGUGCCACAAUUACACAGAUGCCUUGAACAUUCUAUCAACUCUCAUGAUAUUACUCCUAAUUAUAACUGUAUAAAUUUGAAGACAUGUGUAGUUAUGAUUUCAGGACCAAGCUGGGUAGUAUCUUCUCUAGUUGCAAAAGCCAUGGACAGCAACAUUCCUCCGCAGAUCCUUCAGCUUACCUUUGGACCCUUCCAUCCUAUCCUGAGUGAUCGUGAACAAUUUCCUUUUCUGUAUCAAAUGGCCCUUGAGGACACAUCUCUACCUCUGGCCAUGGUCUCCCUCAUACUUCACUUCAGUUGGAACUGGGUUGGAUUGACCAUCUCAGACCAUGAUCAGGGUAUCCAUUUUUUCUCAUAUUUGAGAACAGAGAUGGAAAAAAGUAUGCUCUGCUUUGCCUUUGUGAACAUGAUUCUGAUCAACAUGCAUAUGUACAUGUCAAGAGCUGAAGUGUAUUAUAACCAAAUCUUGACGUCAUCCUCAAAUGUUGUUAUCAUUUAUGGUGAAACAGAUAGUACUCUAUCUUUCAGCUUUAGAAUGUGGACAUCUCGAGGUAUACAGAGAAUCUGGGUCACCACCUCGCAGUUUGAUGUCACUACAAGUAAGAGUGACUUCUUGCCUGAAUUGUUCCAUGGGACUCUAGCAUUUGCAUACCACCAUGCUGAGAUUUCUGGUUUUAAAAAUUUUAUCCAGACAGUGAACCCUCUCAAAUACUCAGAUGAAUACCUGGCAGGGCUGGAGUGGAUGAACUUUAACUGUGGGAUCUCGGCUUCUAUGUGCAAGACACUGAGGAACUGCUCAUCCAACAGCUCACUGGAAUGGCUGAUUGCACAGACAUUCGACAUGGCUUUUAGUGAUGACAGCUAUGACAUAUACAAUGCUGUGUAUACUAUGGCCCAUGUCUACCAUGAGAUGCUACUUCAGCCAAUGGGCAAUCAGGAAGUACACUUGCCUAACUGCCUGAAGCUUGCCUUGGAGGAGCUUUUCAGUUUGAUGAAGCCCUAUUGA